AUGAGCAUGGAGCUGGCAGCAAUGGGGCCUGGAGCUUCAGGAAGUGGGGUCAGCACUGCGACUAUUCCACGCUCAGCGCCGGGUCCCGGAGUCAGCCUGCACGCCUAUGAUAUCACUGUCCUAGUCGUCUACUUUGUCUUCGUCAUCGGAGUAGGGGUCUGGUCGUCCAUUCGUGCGAGCCGAGGGACCAUUGGUGGCUACUUCCUGGCGGGGAGGUCCAUGAGCUGGUGGCCAAUAGGAGCAUCUCUGAUGUCCAGCAAUGUGGGCAGUGGCUUGUUCAUCGGCCUGGCUGGGACGGGGGCUGCUGGAGGCCUUGCUGUGGGUGGCUUUGAGUGGAAUGCAACCUGGCUGCUUCUGGCCCUUGGCUGGAUCUUUGUCCCCGUGUACAUUGCAGCCGGUGUGGUCACAAUGCCUCAGUACCUGAAGAAGCGAUUCGGGGGCCAGAGGAUCCAGGUGUACAUGUCUGUCCUUUCUCUCAUCCUUUACAUCUUCACCAAGAUUUCAACUGACAUCUUCUCUGGAGCCCUGUUCAUCCAGAUGGCCUUGGGCUGGAACCUCUACCUCUCCACGGUGACCCUGCUGGUGGUGACGGCCGUCUACACCAUCACAGGGGGCCUCACGGCCGUGAUCUACACAGACACUCUUCAGACCGUGAUCAUGGUCGGGGGAGCCCUGGUCCUCAUGUUUCUGGGCUUUCAGGAGGUGGGCUGGUACCCAGGCCUGGAGGAGCGGUACAGGCAGGCCAUCCCUAAUGUCACAGUCCCCAACACCACCUGUCACCUCCCCCGGCCCGACGCCUUCCACAUGCUCCGGGACCCUGUGAGCGGGGACCUCCCCUGGCCAGGCCUCAUGUUUGGGCUCACGGUGCUGGCCACAUGGUGUUGGUGCACGGACCAGGUCAUCGUGCAGAGGUCUCUCUCUGCCAAGAGUCUGUCCCAUGCCAAGGGGGGCUCCGUGCUGGGGGGCUACCUGAAGAUCCUGCCCAUGUUCUUCAUCGUCAUGCCCGGCAUGAUCAGCCGGGCCCUGUACCCAGAUGAGGUGGGCUGCGUGGACCCUGAUGUCUGCCAAGCGAUCUGUGGGGCCCGUGUGGGAUGUUCCAACAUCGCCUACCCCAAGCUGGUCAUGGCUCUCAUGCCUGUGGGUCUGCGGGGCCUGAUGAUCGCAGUGAUCAUGGCCGCCCUCAUGAGCUCACUCACCUCCAUCUUCAACAGCAGCAGCACCCUGUUCGCCAUUGACGUGUGGCAGCGCUUCCGCAGGAAUGCAACAGAACAGGAGCUGAUGGUGGUGGGCAGAGUGUUCGUGGUCUUCCUGGUCGUCAUCAGCAUCCUCUGGAUCCCCAUCAUCCAAAGCUCCAACAGCGGGCAGCUCUUCGACUACAUCCAGUCUGUCACCAGCUACCUGGCCCCGCCCAUCACUGCCCUCUUCCUCCUGGCCAUCUUCUGCAAGAGGGUCACAGAGCCUGGAGCCUUCUGGGGCCUCCUGUUUGGCCUGGUGGUGGGGCUUCUACGCAUGAUCCUGGAGUUCUGCUACCCAGCCCCCGCCUGCGGGGAGGAGGACCGCAGGCCGGCAGUGCUCAAGGACUUCCACUACCUGUACUUCGCGCUCCUCCUCUGCGGGCUCACGGCCAUCGUCAUCCUCACAGUCAGCCUCUGCACAGCUCCCAUCCCCGAGGAAAAGGCAAGUGGACUGGCUCGCCUGACCUGGUGGACACGGAACCGCCCCCGCUCUGAGCUGGAGAAGCAGCCCCCCGAGGGCACAGCGGGGACAGCGGAGGCGGCCUCUGGGGAGGGCCCCGCAGGGGCCGGAGGAGCAGAGGACCCCAGCCAGGGCCGGGAGCAGUCUGGAGCCCCACGCAGGUCCUGGGGACAGUGGCUCUGGCGCUGGUUCUGCGGGCUCUCGGGGGCCCCGGAGCAAGCGCUGAGCCCCGCCGAGAAGGCCGCCCUGGAGCAGAAACUGACCAGCAUCGCGGAGGAGCCUCUCUGGAGGAGCGUCUGCAACAUUAACGCCGUGCUGCUGUUGGCCGUCAAUGUCUUCCUCUGGGGCUAUUUUGCGUGA